UUAGUCGCCACGUGGGUUCGCCGGCGGCCGCUGCAACACACACGGCGGGCGGCAUGUUGGCGACAGCGGCAGCACGAAAGCGGGGAAAGCCGGCCUCGGGGGCCGGGGCCAGUGCGGGGGCCGGCAAGCGGCGGCGAAAGGCCGACUCUACUGGAGACAGAGGCAAGUCCAAGGGUGGCAGCAAGAUGAAUGAGGAGAUCUCCAGCGACUCGGAGAGUGAGAGCCUAGCUCCCAGGAGGACUGAGGAGGAGGAGGAGGAGCUAGAGGAGACUGCACAGGAGAAGAAGCUGCGCUUGGCCAAGCUCUACCUUGAGCAGCUCAGGCAGCAAGAGGAGGAGAAAGCUGAAGCCCGUGAAUUUGAGGAGGACCAGGUGGCGGGACGCCUGAAGGAGGAUGUGCUCGAGCAGAGGGGCAGGCUGCAGAAGUCGGUGGCAAAGGAGAUCCAGGCCCCAGCAGCAGCCGACAUUCGAAUCUUACGGGGCCACCAGCUCUCCAUCACGUGUUUGGCUAUCACCCCUGAUGACUCGGCCAUCUUUUCCGCUGCCAAAGACUGCACCAUUAUUAAGUGGAGCAUGGAGAGUGGACGGAAGCUUCAUGUGAUCCCACGAGCCAAGAAGGGUGCUGAGGGGCAGCCCCCUGGCCAUAGCAGCCAUGUCCUUUGCAUGGCCAUCUCCUCCGACGGCAAGUACCUUGCCUCUGGCGACCGCAGCAAACUCAUUCUCAUUUGGGAUGCCCAGAGCUGCCGGCACCUGUACACCUUCACGGGACACCGGGAUGCCGUGUCGGGGCUGGCGUUCCGCAGAGGCACCCACCAGCUCUACAGCACGUCGCACGACCGCUCUGUGAAGGUUUGGAACGUGGCAGAGAACUCCUACGUGGAGACCCUUUUCGGACACCAGGACGCUGUGGCUGCACUGGAUGCCCUGAGCAGGGAGUGCUGUGUGACGGCCGGGGGCCGGGACGGGACUGUCCGAGUGUGGAAGAUCCCUGAGGAGUCCCAGCUUGUCUUCUAUGGCCACCAGGGCUCCAUUGACAGCAUCCAGCUCAUCAACGAGGAGCACAUGGUGUCGGGCGCAGACGAUGGCUCCGUGGCCUUGUGGGGCCUCUCCAAGAAGCGGCCACUUGCCCUGCAGCGUGAGGCCCAUGGACUGCGGGGGGAGCUGGGCUUGGAGCAGCCCUUCUGGGUGUCGUCAGUGGCAGCCUUGCUCAAUACAGACCUCGUGGCCACAGGCUCCCACAGCUCCUGUGUGCGGCUCUGGCAGUGUGGGGAGGGCUUCCGGCGGCUUGACCUUCUUUGCGACAUCCCCCUGGUGGGCUUUAUCAAUAGCCUCAAGUUCUCCAGCACUGGGGACUUCCUGGUGGCCGGGGUGGGGCAGGAGCACAGGCUUGGCCGAUGGUGGCGGAUCAAGGAGGCUCGGAACUCUGUCUGCAUCAUCCCACUCCGCAGGGCCCCCAGGCCCCCGGCCGCUGGCUCCUGACACUCUCGUCCCCUUUAUUUGAGUCCUUUCCAGGCCAGACCCGCCCUCUUUGUAUUAAAAGCCUCCUCUUUUGGG